AUGAAAAGUGAAACAAUACAAGUGCUCUUAACUUUAUUGGCUUCUGCAAUAUCUACUGGCGUAGGCAGUCUUCUUUCAUUUGAUCCCGAUGUGUCGAAGAACGUUUCGGAACUAAUCUGGAGCAAGGGAUAUCCUGUCGAAGAGUACAACGUGAUCACCACCGACGGCUAUAUCCUCAGCAUCCAGCGGAUUCCAUGGGGUCGAAAUGAAGACUUCCACAAUAACUUUUCCGCCAAAGUUCCCGUCUUUCUCGUGCACGGCCUCUUCGGCUCAUCGGCAGAUUUUGUUAUGAACUUCGAAAGACAGAAUAUAGCCUUCAUACUUGCCGAUGCCGGGUUCGACGUGUGGCUCGGAAAUUAUCGAGGCAACACCUACACCAACCAUGUGAGCCUGAGCCGUGACGAUAAAUCCUUUUACGCGGACCAAAUCAUCUCCUAUGACAUCCCAGCAACGAUAAACGCCGUAUUGAAAAUAUCGGGGCAGCAGAAGAUGCAGUACAUUGGCUGGUCUCAAGGAACACAAGUUUUGUUUGGCCUGCUUUCUGAAAAACCGGAAUACAACGAUAAGCCGAUGCUAAACAUCAUUGGACACGGAGCACUUCUUCCUAGAAGCUGCGCGACAAAAGAACUCGCUAAGCUGUUCUGCAGCGACAAUUUAACCGGACCGGUUUGCGAAACAGGCGUGUUCCUCAUCGCCGACGUGGAUUCUAAAGAACUGAACAAGAGUCGAUUGCCAGUGUAUCUGGAGCAUACACCUUCUGGAACUUCGGUGGACAACCUGUACGGGCUGAUGCAGAUAACCCCUCCGCGGUAUGAUCUAUCAAAGGUAACGAUUCCUGUGGCACUUUAUUGGAGCAAGGGUGAUUGGUGGGCGGAUGAAAAGGACGUUGAGCGUCUUCGAUGGAACCUAAAACAUGUGGUUGCCUUCAACCGAGUGUUUGACGAAGACUUCACUCACCUAGACUUUGCCUGGGGUAUUAGGUCUACUCCGGUACUGUACGGGAAGAUGUUGGGACUGAUGCGUAGCUACGUCACAACGUAA